AUGGCGUAUACUGGUAUACAUGCGACUUGUCUUUGCUGUAGCUUUUUACUGGCAUUAUUCGCAAUCGCCGGGGGAAUAAGCCACACAAAGGUUUACCUGAGUAACAACGAAUAUCAUAAUAUAGUUAUUGGGAUUGACGAGAGCGUAUUGGAGGACAGCGAAUUGCUGGAUCGAAUAAAAGAUGUCUUCACAGAUGCAUCUGCCUUCCUAUAUGAAGCGACAAGAAAACGUGCCUUUUUCAAGAACAUAUCUAUACUCGUCCCCAAAUCAUGGAAAAACCACCCGCAAUAUGCAGUACCCGAAUUUCAAAGCUUCUACAAGAGCGACAUUAGAAUUGGUACCGGGAAUGCUCAUGGCCCUUACGUUUAUAAGACUACCCCCUGUGGGGAGACAUCUGACUACAUGCACUUGACAGCUGGGUAUAUGAAGAACGACAGUAUUGCACGUGCGUAUGGGCCGUAUGAAAAGACUAUAGUACAUGAAUGGGCACAUCUACGAUGGGGCGUGUACGACGAAUAUCCAGGUGGGGACACCCCAUACUUCUAUGCAGGUUUGAACGGAGAAAUAGAAGCCACGCGGUGUUCCGCACAGAUAACUGGCAUCACGUUUAAUAAGGCGACUCUCAAUGAUUGUGCCAUCUUGCAUAAUUUACCAGAGCCGGACUGUCGAUUUUACGAUUUCAAGAACACAUCGGAAACAACGGCAUCACUCAUGUACCGCCAAUAUCUCCCACAACUGGCUCAUUUUUGUGACAACGACGCCAUGGCAAGUACGCCGGGGAGUGUGCACAACUAUCAGUCCCCGAGCAAACAUAACAGAUUAUGCAACGAGAAAAGCGUUUGGGAGGUGAUGCGAGAGCAUGUUGAUUUCGCUGGUGGGGUCAAUCCAACGCGGGAAAAGGCUUAUACAGUACCAGAUUUCCACGUUGUUAAACAAAGAAACAAACGAACUGUAUUGGUAUUAGAUAUAUCGGAUAGCAUGAACGAGUUCCUUAGAUUAGAUAAGCUGAGACAGGCCGUUAGUAAUUACAUUUUAAAUAUCAUCGAUGAUGGCGAGGAGCUUGGUUUAGUUGUAUUCAAUUUCAUGGCCACUAUUAAGUCACAGCUCGUAGUAAUUUCCGAUACUACAAGAGAAGAGCUCUUACUUCUUAUUCCUACAAGUGACGACACUGAUGGGGCCACUAGUAUAGGCGGCGGAAUUUCUAAAGCUAUUGAGGUUUUGGAAGAAAAUGGCAGUGACCCGUCUGGCGGUUGUAUUCUACUUGUAAGCGACGGUGAAGAAAAUACAAAUCCUUUCAUUUCUGAUGUCAAGCCGACAGUACUACAGAAGCAUGUGACUGUUGACACCAUAGCAUUCGGUGCAGAUGCUUCCUCAAUAGGGGAGCAAUUACCUGCAGCAACGGAUGGAUUGACAUUCUAUUAUUCAGAAAGGUCCGAUUCUAACGCAUUGAAUGAGGCCUUCAUCGCUAUUGCAAAAAGGGGUGACCCGGACGUAUCUGUAUUGAUUCACAGCAAUGCUAUGUCCCUCAAUGGUGGUGAGGUGUCAACUAUUAGUAUUACGAUUGAUUCUACAAUUGGACGAGGAACUGAAUUCUUGUUCAAUUACCUUGGUUAUCAAUCUAUUGAAGUUACUCUGCAUGCUCCCAAUGGAAGCAGUGUCGGCGAAGACUCUCCUUUCUACUACACGGAUAUUACAUUUCAAUCUAUAACAAUUAAACUACCAGGAACAGCCGAGAUCGGUGUAUGGACUAUAUCAUUAUACAAUCCGUCAGUGUAUUCCCAAUCCGUGACUACCAUAGUUCAAUCUAGGAGCAGAUAUCCGGGCCAGUACCCAAUAUCAAUUAAAUCAGAAUGGAGUGCUCUGGUCGUCACACCUCCAGAGGUGCUUAUUUUGUAUGUGACUAUUGCGAAAGGUACCAUGGCAGUACUUAAUGCUGCAGUUAUUGCCACUAUUGAGAGACCCAACAACGAUCCUAUUGAGUUGACCAUGGCAGAUGACGGUGCUGGUGCUGAUAUCACCAAUGACGAUGGUGUAUAUUCAUCAUAUUUCACAGCAUUUAAUGGAGAUGAUCGGUAUAGCGUUAAGAUUAGAAUUGCCAAUACUAACAAUACAAUGAUUAGUCGAAGUAACCUGGCCGGUGUUGGUUCCUUGAUUGACCCUGACUUUGAGAGUUAUAUAACAGAUACUGGUGGCGAAGAGACUGGGGAGUUUCAGAGAGUUUCCAGUGGCGGCAGUUUUAGAUGCCAAGGCUCAAUUUGCAAUGGUUACUCUGACGUCUAUGCUCCAUGUAAAGUUGUUGACCUUGAAGUAAAGCGUAUAUCCUUCAGUAAUCAGCAAAUCACAAUUCAGUUCACCGCACCGGGAGAUGAUCUAGAUUUUGGAAAUGCAACGCGUUAUGAGAUAUGGAUGUCCACUGCAUUUGCUCUGAUGUAUUCAGACCAUGAAAUGACAACCAACCUGACGCAACAUAAUUUAACAGAUGGUACGUUACAUUCACCACGGCCAUCCGGACAAAAAGAACAUUUUACUGUUAGAGUACCGGGACGAGGUGAUAUUACGUACGUAUUUUGCGUUGUCGCCGUAGACGCUUCCAACAACAGAUCACCUCGAUCCAACAUUGUCUCUGCUUCUAUGAAAGAUUUCACUUCAUCAACAGAUGACAAUGAAACUAGCUUUCCUCUAGCAUAUAUAAUGGUGACUAUCACCAUUCUGUUAUUAUUAUUUGUCUUCAUUACAACAAUACUUUGUAUGGUGAAGAAUACGAAGAACAAAGUAAUAUAUGUGGCGAGAAAUCCAAAGGAUGUAUGUUUAUCAUAUUUCUAUCACAUGCAAGUGGCACCAGCGGUUGAAACACUUAAACCGUUUGAUGAAUUCUUAGAAGAAUUUCUUAACGGGUCAGUGUUGAUGGGCGACUGGCCAUCUCAUGUUCUGUACUGGUGGGACAAGAGGAAUGAUGACAAUGUUCUUUUCCUCAAAUACGAAAACAUGAAACUGAACCUUAACACAGCAGUUGAAAAAGUUGCAACUUUUCUUGGCCACUCAUUGAGUGAAUCGCAAGUCAAAACAAUCGCCAAGUGGUGUGAUUUUGACGCUAUGAAACACCGUAAAGUCAAAGCCAAGGAUCAUAUGUGUGAUGCAUUCGGUAUUGACAAAUCGAAAUCUCCUUUCGUAAGAAUUGGUGAGUAG